AUGGCCUUUUAUUCUGGGGGGGAGUUUACGAAAAAUUCAUUUGUUUAUCGUUUAAUCAAUAAAGCAUUAAGAACAGAAGAUGUCGAACAAAUGUACACGUUUCGAUAUUUUAUUCAAGAUUUAUAUUCUGCACUCGUUAUCAAACAUAAAGUUUUUAAAGAAUAUGGUGAACCAGUAACGGUCUAUCGUGGUCUUCGAUUGAUUCAAUCUGAAUUUGAUGAACUCAUCAAAGAUGAAAAACAAUUGAUAUCUAUGAAUGGUUAUUUAUCGACAAGUGAUUCCGUUACUUUUGCCGAUAUUACACCAGAAAGUAAUUUUCGAGAUGAAAAUGAAGUUCUUUUCGAUAUUGGUGCAACAUUUCAAUUAACAGCUACACCAAUACAAAAUGAUAAUGGUGUGUGGUAUUUGAAAAUGAUUGCGACUGAUGAAGGUCGUACACUUGUACGUAAAUAUAUCGAUGAUCAUUUUGAAUUCAGUACAGAUAUGAGCCCCAAAAUCAUGUUUGGUGUUUUGUUAUACAACAUGGGGAAAUAUGAUUCAUCACUAUCAUACUUUAAUAAACUCAUUACAAAUCCUGAGGGUGAUGACGUUGCUUUGAUUCAUGUUUACAUGGCUAGGGCAUUUAGCAUGCGAGGUGACACGAACAAUGAAUGGAAACAUUAUGAAAAUGCCUAUUCAAUCCUAGUCGAAACGGAACCAAGACGUAUCGAAGACGAAGCUCGUGUUCUUCUACACAUGGGUAUUUUUUAUUUUGAUAGAAGUGAAAACGAUCGAGCACUUGAAUAUUUGAUGCGUGCACUUUACCUUUUCGAACAAGUUUACGGCAAAAAAAAUGUAGAAAUAGCUAGAGUUUUUCUUUGUAUCGGAGGAUGUUACGAAGAAAAAGGUGAUAAUAAUUGA